AUGCUGCGCCCUCUUUUGAAGUCUCUGUUUCGCCGUCAGGGCCUGUACGCGAAGGGGUGGAAGGGCGUGUCGAUGUCUGAGCCGAUUGAAGGAAUGGUGCAUGUGAAAGCUCUUGAACGUACCUUCGCAUUCUCAAAUUUCUCUACCGCGUUCGCUUUCAUGACGAGGGUUGCCCUCCAGUGCGAGAAGUAUAAUCACCAUCCUCAAUGGACCAACUCAAGAGGCUGGAACACGAUAACUAUUACUUGGACGACCGAUGAUGCUGGAGGCGCCGUGACCGAGAAAGAUUUGAUGGCAGCAAAGCGCUGUUCGACAUAUGCUGCCCAGAUGGGAGAGGUGACGCCGGCGACUGUCGAUGAGUCUGUACCUCAAGAAACGGACCCAACCAGCGCGUUGUAUAACACGCAUGACGGGGAACUCUCUCGCUCUGCUGACAACGAUCAUGGGCGGUCAGUUACCAACAAGCGUCAGGAGUCUGUGAUGCCACCUGCCACUGAGGAUACCAGCAAAGUGUCCACACCCAGCCAGUACACAGCCAACCAAUCACCCCCCAAGCAGCACGCACCCAAGGCGAACGCACCCAAGCUGUUGAAUUACAGUGCGUCACAGGAACGCAAAGACCGGAUAUUCGGAAUCCUUGAUGACAUGAAGAAGACAUACGGUAACCCGACUACUGCAGGCCGUGAGCAUAAUGAGAGUGCAGCCAUCAAGCCUCAGGUCACCAAGAGCGACAUCAGCGAAGACACAACGACAUUAUGA